GUUCUUUCCAAUGUGUUUUAGGUCGAGAGUAGCAGCGAUGCCACAGCCAUGUGCAGCUGUACCGGAGACCCACACUGCACCCCAUUCGAUCGGAAAGAAACCUUUCAUAUGUACAGCGUUGGCGAGUUUGUACUGGCUAAGAGCAAGUCUCGACCAUUCGAGGUUCACAUGCGCACCUGGAAAUGUAAUCCUCGCGGGGCGAGCUGUAUCUGCGGCGUGGCUGCACGCGAAGUCAAUGACGUCAUCUUGAUUGACGGAUGUCACAGUGUUGGAUUAAACAUGAAACAAAUGCGAGUAACAACUCACGUGAAGUCCAAAGGUAGAUUGGCGGCAGGGACGCUUAUAAAGCGUAACAAAGAUGGCAGAAUCAUUGAGGUAUUUUUCACUUCGGGUGCAUAUCUAAAGGUAUUAAUUAACCGGCGUAGUCUUGGUGUUUACCUGACGGUGCCCAGUGACGACUUUGAAAACACCGCCGGUAUCUGUGGGGUGUUCAACGGGGACCGUUCGGAUGAUCUUACGGGAUCCGAUGGCGUUAAACACCGCUUUGAGAGAAUUCCUUACCUUUUCACAAAUAGUUGGAGGAUUCAAAAAGGCCGCAGCCUGUUUGACCAACUGCCUACCAAGAUACCCGCGAGACAGGCAAAUAAUCCUGUCUUUUGUCAGUGCAACAGAAGAAAAGGAAAAAUCGAUUGCCGCCCGGAGAACAGACAACGUAAUCCUGUCAGAAAGAUUAACAGGAACAAGGACAUCACAGACGAGGUGAACCGGAAAUCGCGUUUGCGCAGGUCUACAACAUUUACUGACACAGACACUGACUCUGACAUGACGUAUAAUUACGAUUAUGGGGACCCAAAAGCCACGCCUGUGAAUAUCAAGUGGUCGAGUUUAGCCCAGAUGAGGGCUGCCAUGAAAUUGUGUACUGAUGCUGCUAAGGCUUCCAGUGCCUUCACUCCUUGUGAGAAGUCGGGCUUAGUGGACGUGAAGGAAAUAGUAGACGGUUGCGUGGAUGACAUGAAGAUCACCAAUGGGGACAAAACCUACUUAGACUCUGUAGCCAGUACCUUUGACACCAUUUGUCAGGAAGAGAUUUUGAAGGACCCAAAAUACUACACAGCACAAACAGAUGACGCGAGCGAUCCAACGGUGACCGGGGAAACUACAGGUACAAUGGGAAUACCAUCGUUCAUAUCAAACAUGUGCUCUACUCCAUGUAAAAACGGGACUUGUGUCAACGGCGCAUGCGUAUGUGACAGGAACUGGAUCGGCGAUGACUGCUCUGUGGACACGACAAAACCGCCGAUAGCGAUUGGUUUGAUAAGAUCGGAGGCUUGCGAUAUCCGUGCGCGUCCCUGUCGUGUAGUCUUCCUUGGAAUGGAGAAUGUAGCAGAUACGCCAGGGCUUUCGUGUCGAGUGAAGGAAAAAGUGGACUUGGGCCCUCACGGCAGUUCCUUUAGAACGUUUACGACCAAAGGACACUUCCAGAGCUAUGCAGAGGUAUCCUGUGAGGUUCCAGAAUCACCCGUACAUACAGGAUUGAAGACCUCUUCUACCUACCAGAUAUCGGUCUCCAGUGACAGCACCACGUGGAGCAGUGACGUCACGUUCGUUGUCUACGACUCACUGUGUCAGACAUGUGGUGCUGAUGGGACAUGCACACUGAAGUCCCAGACAUGCAGUAUAAAUGGCAAGUGUUACGCUGCCGGGGAACACAAUCCCGUCAAUUUGAGGAGCAUGUGUAUUCCCUCCCUGACAGCCUCCGAUUGGUCAUCAACUUAAACUACCGUGAUGUUCACACUCGAAAUUCAACGGCAACUAAUAAAAGGACAAAAUACAAACGUGUGACACGAAGUAACGUGAAAAAACAAUUUUAACUAUAGAAAUAGUUUUGCUUUGCGUCUUAUAUGAAACAGUCUGGGUAAUAAAUGCUCCUUAUGCAGCUUUUAACGGUCAUCAUCACACCUUUUGUGCUUUAAUGGAGGAGGCGUUUCAUUGAAGGUGGAAUAAACAAUGAGCAAUGAUGUCUUGAUAAAAACCACUGAUUAUUUGAAAUAUUUAAUGUUGUCUUAAAUUAGUAGAAUUAUUGCUGGGAUUAAAAUCUGCAUUCAGUUUCUUUCUUUUUUUUUCAUAUUUAAUGUGUGCUUCUCUCCUGUUUAGAAAAUGAAUAAAUGCAGGCUGCAGUCUAAAUGUA